UUUAGUUAUAUAGUAUUUGGCUGUAUAAACUAAUAUAUAAAAGAAUAUUUGCGAAAAGGAGCUCAGGAAAGAUGAUUUGUAAAAAUUUCAGGUCAACAAUCUGUCAAAACCAUGACUAUCAAAAUAGCUGUCAAUGAAUUCGCUCAUCGAUUAAUCGUGGCAGCCCUAGUAUACAGUAAAAGAGUCCUGUACAGGAAGUGUGAGUCUAUACUUCAGCCGGAUGUCAUCAGACUUCAUUUAAACGUCUCCAUCCUCUCCAGCGGUUGCCUGCGGGCUGCAGGUUCCAUAGCAGCCUCCAUGCCUAAUAGGCUGAAGAUGGCCGCUGCUCGGACCCGGUAGGCUGCUCCGCCAUAGCAACUCCCCCUGACCCCUCCCUCCCUCGCCGAGCCCCAGCCAGCAUCACCCUGCAGCCUGCACACAGCUCAGACAUAUUUGGUCCUCCGGAAGCGUGCACGACUCGGCCUCGUCCCGUCGUCGUCAACAGCCGCCGGGAGGAGCUGGGUUCGGUGGGGGCGGCUGUAAAGUUUGUCCCGCUCUCGCUCUCGGACCCUCGGCUUCUAAAAUGGCUGGCUGGAGGUUCGAGGAAGAAGCCGCGGCGUUCUCGCUUCCAGCACACCGCUGUAAAUAUAAUCCCCUUGUGCAUGCUUCUCUGGUACGACGACGAGUCAGCGUGCCGGUCGGCGACGUCGCAGAUGUCUAAAUGGGUAUGAACCAAAAUGGAUGUUCAGCUGGCUACAGUCCUGUCAGGAGGCAGCCCAGAGGUCCAAAAUGGCAGCCAGUGUGCGGGAGCAUCCAACCUGCUGAGCGAGGAGUCGAAAGGAGACCGGCAGGGGGCUGUCUCCGACGCUACCAUUGCAGGUAGCCUCCGUUUGCUCCCUAUCAACCAGGAUGCAGUUUCAAUCAACAGGACAAAGCCAGAGGUGGGCGGGACUUGCGAGCUCGCCCCCCAGGAACAAAGCGAGACUAACGGGUCGAGGCAGCCAAUCAGAAUCCAAAUUUUGGUUUCCCCUCUGUGCCAAACGCCCGAUAGCUGCACCAAAGACCCGCAUUUCGGUAGUGCACGAAAAACAAACCAAAUAUCUAUCUUUGAGGCCAAGGAACAGAGACAAGCGCUCACGGCAGGGACGCGUACAAGUGAUGUUUCAGUUGCUGAAAACAUCCUCUCAGAGCUCUCAUUAACUGUAAAAGGAACUCAUGAAGCCAGUAGUGUGAAUUUGCCAAAUCUGGGAGUGAAGGAAGAAUGUUUAGAGAAGCCAGUGGAGGGAUGGAAGGAUGUGGCGUGGGUGGAGGAGCAGACAGAGCCGCUAGACUUGAGUCUCCCCAAGAAAAGAGAGAACAGGGACCCCAGACACGGACGACUUCUAGACGCAUGCGACAGCUUGCUGAUUAUGGAGGUGGACGAAUAUGAGGGUGAGGGCGACCGGGAUGUGGUGGAGGAGGAUGAAGAGGCACUGCCCUUCUUUUACCCCACUUCUGUCCUCACCCAGGACCUUCUUCUCAUAGACGACCAGGGCAUUCCGUACACGCUCAGCCCUGAUGGACUCAGGGUGCCACAAGUGGACAUCGCCGCCUCCGAGGAACGGGGCGAGAGCGAAGGUUCCUCGCAUUUGUCCGCCUCAGGAGGUCCAGACCUCAGUCAAAAUUCGCCUGAUGCACCAAAUGCACCUUCCGGUGAUGGGUUGUCUGAGUCGCCGUCUACGACUCAACAAGUCCAUGACAUUUUGGGUGUAAGCUCCUCCGAGGUUUCUGGACUAGCCAUCCCCAACCAACCGAUUCAGAUCCUCAACAUGCCAUCUUCCAGUGCACCCAUCCUGCUCCCCUCUACCCCUCUGAGUCUUUCUGUCAACCCCACUGCUACUGGUUCUUCUGCCCCUAUUUUUCUCUUCCUCUCCUCUGGUGACUCUACCUCCACCCCUAUUGCCAUCCUGGAUCCCUCAACUGGUCAGCUAUCUCAGAUCUCGCUUCCUCUGGCUUCCGGUACCGCAUUGCCUCAACCUGUCAUGGGUUUGGGCCUCAAUAACUCCCCUGUAAUUCUGUCAGGCGUAUCCAGUAGUGUCCUGGCCUCUAGCCUGUCUGCUGUUUCUACUUCUCUCAUUCCUCCUCAUGUGGACUCAUCUGUCGGAACUGAAGCCAUAUCUGCAGAGCAGGUCUCAAACGAGAGUGAUAAGCCAUCAUCUUUAACAGCAGUCGCUGCUACUUUGACGCUAGAACCCUCAAACGCCCAACCACCGGAUCCCCUGACGGACUCUGAGCGCUUACCCCUGGACGACCACAUGUACUUCUCCAGCUCUGCUGCUCCUCCCUCGCCGCCUAAACUGGAGCCCCUGGACCCGUCGGACUCGCUGUCUCCCAAGGAAUCGCCCGAUGACCCGGCUGCCCGGCGGGUGCUCUAUUGCCAGCUGUGCCCGCGGAUCUUCUUUUACCUCUCUGACUUGGAACGCCACGCCAUCACGCACUCACAGAAGAAGCCUCACGUUUGCCUGCAGUGCAACAAAGCCUUCAAACGCUCCAGCCAUUUGCAGAGACACAAGCACAUCCACACGGGCCAGAGGAACUUCGUGUGUCCCAUCUGCUCCAAACGCUUCAGGGAGGCCGGCGAGCUCCAGCGCCACCAACGGGUUCACACGGGCGAGAAACCUUACCAGUGCCAACUCUGCCACACGCGCUUCGCCGAGCGCAACACGCUUCGUCGCCACACCAAACGCAAGCACCCCUUCCACCAAGUGGCUGUGGAAAUGCUUAACGAGCGAGUCGGGGGCGGCGCCGUUCGUCAGGGAGAAGAACCCGCCGAAUGGUACAGCUCCGCCGUGUCUCAUCUGGGAAACACUGAUUCCGAAACAGAGACUUAAAAAGUCGCAGACAUACAAAAACGGGAGCACUUGCAAUAUUUAUUUUGAGGAACAAUUUAUUGAUAUGAAUGUAUGAUAUUUCCAUUUCGUAGAAUGGCCAACAUGCCCCUUUUGGCUGAUUUACGGCUUAAUAUUGACGUCAAUUCAAAAUAUGACGUUUCGGAGAAAUUGCAUUCCCGCACAAUCAAUGACGAGACCUUUAAGUGCUUAAAGAAAAUAACUCCAACAAUUCUCAGCGUCUUCUUGUUUUAAACGAGUAGGGCUGCACUACUUUGUAGUGAAAUCUAUAUUUCUUAACAGAAACACUGUGAGUCAUUUGCACUUGUUUUAUUUAGCACAAUAUUCACGUUUUUACAUGAAGAAUAUGAAAUGAAGAACGCUUUCUAUAUGUUUUGUUGCUUGUUUAUGUAUUUAAUGCAUAUCUUCCAUGACCAAACUAUUAUUCCAUCACAUACAAUAUAUAUAAAGAUAUAUAUAUAUAUAUUCACAUUUUGCUUAUUUGUGGAGUAUAUUCAAUGAUUUUAAUUAAAUUUUGACAACUUCCAAUUAGGUGUUUGCCUUUUUUCCCCCCGCAUAUUCCACAACAUUAACUCAUUCAUUGCAAUAGUCUGCGAUAGACGUCCAAAAUCAUAAGCGGAUUUUAAGGAGGGGCCAGCCCCCCCCGGUGGCCGAAAAGUGUCCUUGCAUAAAUUGACUUUCCUAUAUAUAAAAGUUGUAAAGCAAUAAAACUGCAACAAAAAUGAAUGAAAUGAACAAAAAACAUAUUUUUAAU